CCCCUCUCUAUAUAUAUAAGUAAAAAAAAAUCCAGUCAUUACAGUAAACUAUGAGUAGUUGCAGUUGAGAAGUGGUUCUUGUUUCCUUCUACAUAAACAACCGUUACUUCAAUUAACAAUUUAAUUUUUUGCCUUCAAUUAAGGGUUCUUUUAUAAGUUGCUUUUUUUGUGAAGAAGAAGAAGGAGAAAAUGGCAUUAGUGAACAAUUGUGAAAAUUUGGGGUUAGGCAUUGUGAGGAGUACCUCGUUUGGACGAAAAAGAGUCACUUUAUCGAAUACAGUAGAUGUCGAUUUCAUUUCAACAACACCUACGAAGAAAAUUUGCAGCCAGAACUCGUUUUCUGCGAAUGAGAAAUCUCCUCUUGAAGCCCUGCCUAAAGAUAUCUUGAUAAGAAUAGUGUGUGGAGUUGAUCAUGAUGAUUUAAAGAAACUAUUCCAUGUAUCAAGGGCAUUUAGAGAAGUGUCCCUGAUUGCAAAAGGAUGGCAUUUUGAUUUUAGUACACCCCGAAAGACGCUUCCAUUUCGGAAUGCUCUUGAGGUGGAGGAGUUAGGAGAUACCGAUGAGGUAGAAGAAGCGCCAAAUGCUCCGAUGCAAUCGAAGAUUGCAAGGUCUCGAUUGAGCAGGAAGAAGCUGGCUGACAUCUCGGUAGCCUUGUUUGCCUUGGACGAUUAAGAAAAUUGGCCGCGAAGAGAGUAAUUGAUACAAAUGGAAAUGGCGGUAUGGAGCUCGAAACUGAUUAGGUAUAGGUGUUGUAUAGUAGGAACUCAAAAAGGAUAUCGUAGUCGAACGAGGGGCUUGAUGUGAUAGCUUUAUUGGGUGGAAGAACAGAUUGGGGGAUCGACGCCCUUGAAGAUCACUUGCCAGUUAUGGAAGGACAUGAGUGGAGAAUGUAGUCGGAACUCUAUAUGGAUAUCUUAGUCUAUGUUGCUCGGACUCUCCGAAAAUGCUCCUGCACUUGUGUCGGGUCCUCCAAAAAUGCAACACUUUUGUUGGGCCUACGACCCGACACGCACCCUUCUGCAUUUUUGUAGAAUCCGAACAACAUAGACCUUAGUCAAACUGAAGGUGAUUGACCUAAUGCCUUAUUGGGAAGAGCAUAUCAGAUGCCUUUGAAGAACACUUGCCCAACUCUGGAAGGACACAAGUGGAGAUUUGUCACCGAAUUUGACCAUCCGUCGAUUCGAUGUUCAUCGAUAGACGAAGCUCUCUCUUUUAUCGUUUCGUGUGAAAAGCAACGUCCUUUUUCCUAAUGUGGUUCGCGCCUAGCACCCAGUGGAAGUCCGUUCAAACGUGUAGACUAGGCUACACGCAUACAAUAACAGUUGAAAAGGAGGCACAUCAGAAGAGUCUUUACACGAGCCAUUGUUCUUCAACCCUUUCAUUGGAGAUAAGAAAUUUCCUGUUGUAAAUACUAAAGUCCACUUUUUCUUCUGAUAUUAGUAUUAAAAAUUGAUGUUAAUGGAAUGAAAGUAAUUUCUUUUCCACUUUCAUCACCCAAAAAAAUUGACUUUUUUCAUUGAUUUAUUUCUAUUUAGAUCAUAAUUUCUUCUAUAGUCUAAAGCAUGAGAGUCUAAAAUUAUGGGCUUUUUUGACUUGGGAUGUGUUUGGCAUGGAGGAAUAAUUUUUUUCUAUGUUUGAUGAGAACAUUUUAUCUUAGGAAAUUAAAUUUCUUGAAAAUGAAGAAAAUAACUUCCUUAUUGAAAUUAGGAAAAACAAGUGACAUUUAUAUUAAUUGUCUCCUUUCCGCUUUCCAACAAAACCAAGCUUAUAUCUACUCCCAUAUACCCCCAUACCUACUACCCCACACCUUAUCCCACAUCGCUCACCUCCUAGUGUUUGCCUAAAUUUUAUAUGAACGUUUUAUAAUAUUUUUUUACUUACAACAUGAAUAAGAAAGAAAUCCUUAUUUCUUACCAAGCAUGUGAUUUUGGUGAAUCUUGACUCUAUCACGGGAAAUAAAAGACAAAAUAGGGAAUCCUAGGUUGAAAUAAGAC